AUGGUCGAAGGAAUACCUAAAGACGUCAUGAAUAUUCAAGAGGAGAAAACCGACGAGCGCAACCCGGCACAGGUCACUACGCAGGUCGCACCUUCUUCACUAGCACCAUCCUCCCCGCUCCACGUCCAUGCCGAACCUCACACCCAAAUAAUGACUGUUGCUAAUACUCAAAACGCCUGUUCUGACUUGGGCACGCCAGCGUUGGUUGUUGACUCGCCCAGGGGCACUGAAGCACAUACCCAGGCACAACUUCAAACCCACUCACCACCUGUGACUGAGAUUUCUCUAGUCUCAGAACUUGAGGGAUGUCUGGAAGAAAAAGCGCAACUACACGAAGAUGCACCUGUCCCUCACACGACCUCGCUCACUACACCCCCAAGUCAGGAUCAGGAUGACAAAACGACCAUGACGCCACCAGUUACCCCCCCUCGGGGUACGCAGAAAAUAGCAAAGCAUGCGCGCUUCGAGCUCUGCAAAAUCUACGAAAAUACACGACACAGCAUGCGCUAUAAGACUCUCAAGAUGUUCGUGAUCGGUUCACGUGGAUUCGAGCGCGCUCGUUUACUACCCACAAGGCAGACAAGGCCUCCACUGCUGAAGCGGCGGUAUAGCAUCGAUGUCAAUACUACGGGAGACUGGGGCACCUGCUUCGCAAUGAACUGGAAAGAAACAGAGAUCACGUGUCCGCGUCGUCAGUACAUAUCUCUCGACUUGGAACCUAUACCCAUUCUUUUCCACUGGAGUUUUAUUCCUCAUCCUCGUCGGUAUUCCGCAUUCAGCACAAUGUACCAAUUGAGCCCGCCGUUUGAUUCCAACGUGUAUCUCAAGCUGGGGGAUAUCACAAUUCAAAACGAUGCUUUCUACCAUAUCAGGAGUACAAGCUGGAACCAUGGCGAGCCUUGGAUGCGGGACGAAAGUCUAGACAUGGCUCUGGAAGUCCUCUGUCGAGAUUACAACUGUGAAAAUCAUAGAAUUGCAAUCGCCAACUCCAUGGUUUCACAAAUAUGCCUUUUCGCCGCAGAAAGCGAAGAUAGCAAUCCCCAGGAGUACGCGCAGUAUAGAGCCCGCUUCGAGACCAAGCAAUGGAUUUUUCUUGUUAUCAACGAUGCAAUCGGUAGCGUUGAGAACAAUUGCUUGCAAGGAAAUCACUGGUCGCUUAUCGCCAUGGACAGGAUACAUUGUACAGUCUCGUACUACAAUUCUCUAUUUCUUGACGACGAACAAUCUCGACACCUUGGUUUUCAAAUCGGUCGAGGCAUGCUGAAAAUCCUCGGAGAAGACGUCAGGAAUUGGCGAUAUCGAAUCCAACAGUAUACCCCACAUCAGGACCACCACAACCAGUUCGAUUACGAUGAUGGCGCAUGUGGACCUUUCGUGUACAAGAUGGCGGAAGUACUGAUCAGGCGCAUCAAACGUCACCAAUUGUGUGGUGAUGAAGACGAGUGCUCCCUUGAACUGAGUGAAGAUUUCCCGAUGGAUUUCAAAAACCAGUUUCAUUCGUUCCUAGUUCGUUGCGAGAUACAGAGGAGGAUUGCCUGCUGGAAAGCCAUCAUUUAUACGCCUACUUUCGCAUAUGACCACGACCAGGAGGCCAUACGUGGCGAAUGUGUUGAACUAGACGACAGUCCGGUUGUUAACUUUGGAAUACCGCGCCGACCAGAAACACCUGUAGACUGGUUUGUCUCCCUGGAAAAUCAGAACUAUAACAUGCUCGAAAACAGUAGCGAUAGCGACAGUAGCCGAGGAAGCUGCUUGAGCGAGUCGACUAUAGUCUUGGCGCUAUCGCCUGAUCCACAGGAGAUUUAUGCUGAUGGGGAUACUAACCAUGACCAAGACGAAGACCGUGGCGGUAGCAUUCUCGGUCUUGGAAUCACUCACGAGGAGCCCAUCCCUGAUGGCAUACAGAGUACUACAAACUCGCCCACACCAUCCACUGCCGAAGAUGAUCAAGAAGAGACUGCUGGACUUGUCUGA